AUCCGAUCCCAUUCCAUUCGUACAUCUUACCAGCAUAUCGCCGCAAUCGUCGGCCGCAUCCCCUCUGCCAUGUCCCCGCUUCCCCUCGCUCGCGCGCACCAGCUUUGCGCCACCCUCAUUCCGCCAUGCAUUUCCCCUCCCCCAUGCCUCCGCUCCGCCACCCUACCGCCCCUCUCCGCCAUCCAAGCGAGUGAACUCUGCCCUCGCCGCACUCCGCGCGCCCCUCUCCGCGCAUCGGGCAGGCGGCGGGCCAACGCGCCGAGGGCGCAGGCGGCGGAUGGCCCUGACGGGGGAAAGGCGGCGACGGGCGGGGAGGGCGGAGCGAGGAGUGGUGGGGGGGUGAAGCGCGUGGUGGUGCUCGGGGGCAGCGGGCGCGUGGGGCGGUCGACGGCCGUGGCGCUGGCGGCGCUGGCGGCGUCCGACGACGAGGCGACGCGCGCGGGGUUCACGAUGGAGCUGGUCGUCAGCGGGCGCAACAGGGAGAGGGGCGAGGCGGUGUGUGAGGAGGUGCGGGCGGCAGCGGGGGCAGCAGGGAGUGCGGCGUUUGCAGCGUGUGACGUCACCGAUGCCGCGGCGCUGGACUCCCUCCUCUCAGGAGCCGACCUGGUGGUGCACUGUGCAGGGCCCUUCCAGCGAGCACCGCACUGCACCGUUUUGGAAGCAGCCAUCCGCACCAAGACGCCGUACAUUGACGUGUGUGACGACGUGGCCUACGCCCUCACGGCGCGCUCGCUGCACGACGCCGCGGUGGCGGCGGCUGUGCCGGCCAUCACCACCACCGGCAUCUACCCCGGCCUCAGCAACCUGAUGGCGGCGGAGCUGGUGCGCCUGGGGGCGGACGAGAGGGUGCGCAUGGAGGGGGAAGGCGACCAGCAGCAGGCAGCCCACGGCCUUCAACCCAAGAGCCUGCGCUUCUCGUACUUCACGGCGGGCACGGGCGGCGCGGGCCCCACCAUUCUGGCAACCAGCCUGCACCUGCUGGGGGAGCCGGCCACAGCCUUCAAGGAUGGCCAGCGCCUGCAGCUGCCAGCAUACAGCCGGCAGCGCCUGGUGGACUUUGGGCCGGGCGUGGGGGAGAGGAGCACGUACCUGCUCAACCUGCCGGAGGUGGUGUCGGCCCACGAGGUGCUGGGCGUGCCCACGGUGUCGGCGCGCUUUGGCACGGCGCCGCAUAUGUGGAACUGGGGCAUGCAGCUGCUCCGGGCGCUGCUGCCGCAGUCCGUGCUGCAGGACCGGGCGGCGGUGCAGCGCGUGGCGGGGCUGCUGGAGCCCAUGGUGCGCGCCGCUGAUGGGGCCGCGGGGGAGAGGGUCGCCAUACGGGUUGAUCUGGAGACUGAGAGUGGGCGCUCCACAACUGCCCUCUUCUCCCAUCGCCGCCUGUCCGUGAGUGUGGGCGUGGCCACAGCAGCGUUCGCUGUUGCCGUUCUGGAAGGCAGCGCCAUGCCAGGCGUGCACUACCCCGAGCAGACGGAGGCCAUCCCACUGUCCCAACGAGAAAGGCUGUUGCAACGUGCAACUUUGGGUGCAAGAUUCUUUGCAAUCAACAAGCCUGGCUGGAUGAUCGAGAGGGAACCCAAGCAGAUAGGCAUGGGCAUGUACGUAUGAAGUAAUACAGUAUAACUAUUAAUUCAUUAUUUGAUCGUAUUUACAUAUGAUGGACCUUAGUGCAAGGAGGGAGGGAUGGGCAAGAUUUGUUGUAGUGAAUUUCAUAGAACCUUGCUACUUGUACAUCACUUGGCACGUUCCUUUAUCGAGG